AAGGACUAGCUGAUCCCUGAAGACCCCAGCUGUGGAUACAGGACACAUAAUGCAAAGCCAGCUCACAGGGUCCUGGCGGCACUGAGGGUCAGAUCACCAGGGGUGGGAGCAGCUAGCUGUGGGGGUGGCGUCAAAGAAGAAAAGUCUGUGGUCUCAGAGUGUUGGGAGGGAGGACCUGAGCAGACCUGGAAAGACGCACAGGAGCCUGAAGAUCCAUCACUUCAAUAUCCAGAACUGGGAUCUGAGUCUACUUCCACUGCUGGGCAUAAAGGCUUCUCUGUCCAGUAACUACAUGUCUAUAGAUGGGAGCUGGAAGGUGAACAAGGCAUUCAUCACCCUACAUGGCACCUUUAACAUGAAGAUAUACAGCAUUUCCAUCUCAGUUUCUCUGAACUUGGGCAAGGAUCAGUCUGGACGGCCCACUGCCUCGGUGACUCAGUGUAGCAACUUCAUUGGUCACGUCAGCAUUGACAUUUCUGGAAGCUUAAGCUGGAUCCUAAACCUCUUCCAUGAAAGAAUUGAAAACAAUAUCAAAAUGGUCUUGGAGCAAAAGAUCUGCGAGAUGGCCAGGAAGUCCACCACUUCCUACCUGGAGCCUUAUCUCAGGAGUCUGCCAGUCACCCUGGUGAUUGAUCAGGUUGCUAGCCUUGACUACAGAUUGGUAGGAGCCCCCUGUGUGACCUCGGAAGGCCUGGAUACUCCCUUCAAGGGUGAAUUCUUCAGCGAAAGCCAUCCUUCACCAGUGCCUUUCGAAGCGCCCCCUAUGCUGCUGCCCCACAACACAAGUCGCAUGAUCUACUUGGCGGUCUCCGAAUAUACGUUCAACACAGCCAGCCGGAUUUACCAUCAGGCUGGGUACAUGAAGUUCGUCAUCCAAAAUGAACAUCUGAAGAAUCUGACAAGACUGGCUGCCAGAGAGUCAGCGAAAAAGUGGCGGAAGCAGAAUCUAAGGCCAAGAUGUCAGACCUCAAAGUCUACACCUCUAACCACCAUGAUGUCCUGCUUCUCCAGUAACUUCCUGCUUCUCCUACUGCAGAUUCCCCUAAACUCCCCAAUUCUACUGCAUACCAGCUCACUGCAGGCACUGAUCCCUCAGCUGGCCAAGUUGUACCCCAACAUGGAGGUAGAACUUGAGGCGUUGCCCGAGUCAGAACCGCUCCUGACCUUCACCCCUGGGAAUGUGACUCUCACGCCAGUGAUGGACAUCCGAGCCUUCGCCGUCCUGCCCAACUCCUCCGACCGCAGGCUACUCUUCCAGCUCAGGGCGAACACCAGUGUUUCCAUUACCAUCAGUGUGAACUCCGAUAGGAUCACUGGCUCAGUGACCACAGGAAGUAAACUGAACCUCGAACUGAAACACUCCAACAUCAGUGACAUCAAUGUGGAGCUCAUGGAAACCAUCUUCAACUACUACACACUCAACACCAUAUACCCCUCUCUCAAUGCAAAGCUUGAGGAGGGCUUCCCACUCCCUCUUCCCAGGAAGACCUCCCUCAACAGUGUGGAGUUCCAAAUUCACAAGAACUUCUUGCUCUUAGGAGCCAGCAUUGAUUAG